GCUUCUGAGUCGCAUGACUCCGGAAGUAGAAGAGGGAGGGGCUCUCCGCUCCUCGGUGCCGCUUCUUGUAGAGCGAUGCAUCGAAGCGGCUCUUCCGUCUUUGUAAAUCGCAGGCUUAGCCUCUGACCUUUCGAGAAAGGGCUAGGAAUUCUGCCUUGUCCUUUCCCGAAUGCGUAUUGGUUGUUUUCGUGGGCUGACGUGAUUUACGUGGGGUAAAUGUUCAGGUUAGACAGCUGUGAAAACUGCCGGAAGAGGGAAAAUGAGUUACUUGCAUACGGGGUUUUGUGGGCAACGAUAUCAUUUGCUGAAACAUGUUGUGUGGACUAUCUUUUCAAGAUCUGCUUUUUUCUUUCCCGCUUAUAGAUAUUAUUUUUUUCCAAUUAACUUUUCAUACGUUUUUUCCCCCUCCAGAAUCUGUUACUAAUACUUUUUGUGGAAAUCUCAUGGUGAUGCUUAGUGAACAGCAGGUCCAAGAGAAGGUGCUUCAGUAUGAAGCAUUUAUCAAUGAUGUUCUGCAGAGAGACCUUAAGAAAGUGUUGGAGCAGCGCGAUGAGAUUUAUGAAAAGAUUGCUCAGUAUCUGCAACUCAAGAACGUUAUUGAACGUUUACAGGAAACAGGAGGCCAGGAGCUGACAACUCAAGUGGAUCUAGGCUGCCAUUUUUAUGUCAAUGCAGAAGUGCCUGAUACAUCCACCAUAUUUAUAGCUCUAGGUUAUGGGUUCUUUGUGGAGUUGACACUACCAGAGGCGCUAACCUUCAUUGAGAAGAAGAGCAAGUUGCUUACUGAGCUCAGUGAAGCUCUUACUAAAGAUUCUGCCAAAAUAAAAGCCAAUAUCCGGAUGGUUUUAGAGGGAUUACGUGAACUGCAAGGUUUCGAAGAUCUGCCUGAGGAGAACAGAAGGGACAUUUUCCUCUAGGUAUCCACCUUCUAUGAUCCAGAGGGAAUAAUUUUGGUUUUUGAUCACAAAAAAGUUGGUUUUUGUGGAUAUUUUGCUGCAGCAGGGGCUGUACAUGUAGCAAGAGAGACAGUGAUAUGAACUAGUGAUGGUGAAUGAGAGACAGUGAUAUGAACUAGUGAUGGUGAAGAACAGCUUCACUUUUAGUGAAUGUGUUGGGCUACUUGAACUUUGUUCCAUGUCUGACUCCAUUAGUUUUGUUUCUUUUUGAAAAUAAUUGUAUUAAUAAUAAAGAUUUUGUAUUUGUGCUGGA